CUCCUCGAACUUACUUGUUUUGUUUAUUAUCAUCUCUCUCUCGCCACAAAACAGAGUUUAUCAUCCAUUUAUACUUAAAGAUUCAAUGGCGGAUGAUCGUAUUAAAGGUCCAUGGAGUCCCGAAGAGGACGAGCAGCUUCGUAAGCUCGUUGUUGAACACGGCCCGAGAAACUGGACGGUGAUCGGCAAAUCCAUCCCCGGAAGAUCGGGGAAAUCGUGUAGGUUACGGUGGUGCAACCAGCUAUCGCCGCAGGUUGAGCACCGCCCGUUUUCCGCGGAGGAAGACGAGACGAUCGCGCGCGCGCACGCGCAGUUCGGUAAUAAAUGGGCCGCGAUUGCCCGCCUUCUCAACGGUCGUACGGACAACGCGGUGAAGAAUCACUGGAACUCGACGCUUAAGAGGAAAUGCGGUGGCGCGGAGGAGGAUCAUCGGCCGGCGAAGAGAUCGGUGAGCGAUGGUGCUCCUCCUGUUGCUAAUGGGCUUUAUAUGGGCCCAGGAAGCCCAACUGGAUCUGACGUCAGCGAUUCGAGCACGCUUCCCGUUUUUCCCUCUGCCGAGGUUUUUAAACCUGUUCCACGUGCUGCUGGUAGUGUUAUGUUGCCGCUUCAGAUCGAGACGACGUCGUCGUCUUCUUUUGAUGACCCAGCGACUUCGCUGAGCUUGUCGCUUCCUGGUGCUGACGUCAGCGAGGAGUCAAACCGUAGUCACGAGUCAACUAAUAACAACAACAAGCCGAUGCGUCGAGACAUUAACACGAUGUCGUUUAUGCGGUUCUCUGGUGGAUUCAGAGGUGCGAUUGAGGAAAUGGGGAGAUCGUUUGGUGGCAACGGCGGCAGCGAGUUUAUGGCGGUGGUGCAGGAGAUGAUUAAGGCGGAGGUUAGGAGUUACAUGAAGGAGAUGCAGAGAAACAACAACAAUGGUGGUGGUGGUGGAUUCGUUGGAGGAUUCAGGGAUAGUGGACUGAUCUCGAUGAGUCGAGUUGGAGUUGGGCGAAUCGAGUAGACAAUUGAGAGCUUAGGAACUGUUACAUGAAAUCGUUAUGUAGGAAGAAAAAUAAAAAGAUUGUUUUUUUCUUUCAACAUUUGGGACUAGGCAUAAUAAUCCUCAGUUUUAAGAAAUGUAUAGAGGAAUUCGAGUGAGCAAUCUCGAUUCAUGAUUAAAUAUUUAAGUUUCUGAACUAUUCAAACAAAAUAAGUAUUUAAGUUCUCAACUA